AUGCCUCGCGAUCGGCCCGCGACGACGGGUUACGAGCGCCUUGCUCAGGCCGACCGCUUCAGCGACGACUCGGACGACGACCAUCCCCUCGCCGAGUCCUCCGCCUCCCUCCAGCCCGCAUCCGCGCCGCGCUAUGCCCCCAUUACGCAGCCUCGCCACAGGUCGGGCGUCGCCAGCCCCAAGGCCAGGCCCAAGUUUCGCCGGCGCGUGGGGAGCAACUCGGGCGUCGAUAUCAAGGCCAUCAACGCCCGCCUGGAGCGUUGGGCCGACGAAAUUGCCUCCCGCUUCAAGCGUGGCAAGGGCAAGCAUCACCUGGGCGAAGAGGACCGUCUUGAGAUCCACCAUUCCGUCUUCCAGCCCCCCGAAGGAGUCCGCCCCGCCACGCCCGAGGGACUAGCUGAGACUGCCGGCGGUGACAUGACCAAGUCCGAAUUCGAGGCGAUUGUGGAGAGCGUGCGCUCGGCCAUCCGUCAGGAGAUACACCCCAGCAUGAUCUCGCAAGGUAGCUCAGGCAGCUACUUUGCUCGGAACCCGGAUGGCAAGAUUGUCGGCGUAUUCAAGCCCAAGGACGAGGAGCCAUAUGCAGCUGGAAACCCCAAAUGGAAUAAAUGGAUACAUAGGAACCUAUUUCCUUGUUGCUUUGGGCGAGCCUGCCUUAUCCCCAACUUGUCAUACGUCAGCGAAGCCGCCGCCUAUGUACUCGACGCACAGCUCCGAACGAAUCUCGUCCCGUAUACCGACGUGGUCUGGCUGUCGUCCAAGUCCUUCCACUAUCCUUUCUGGGACCGCCGCAGCUUCUACCGUAAGAAGAAGCCUCUCCCUCCGAAACCGGGAAGCUUUCAAGUGUUCCUCAAAGGCUUCAAGGACGCCAAUGUCUUCCUGCGAGAGCACCCCUGGCCGGACCAAUACUGGUCUGGCUUCCGAACGAACGAUACACACCGGCACAGGCGUAAGAGGUGGACUGAAAGUUGCCGGCCCUCGACAUCCGGGUCGCCGGACGAAGCCGAUUCCAGCGACGACGAGCAGUCGAGCUCACGGGAGGAGCCUUCUGGGCCGCCACGCUUCGCCUGGACCGAGCCCUUGAAACAGUCGUUCCGAGAGGAACUGGAGAAGCUCGUCAUCUUGGACUACAUCAUGCGUAACACGGAUCGAGGUCUCGACAACUGGAUGGUCAAGGUUGACUGGGAGUCCGGCCAGGUAUCGCUGGCCUCUGAGCCCGUUCAUUUGAACAUGAACCCGCCGUCUGAAGGAAAUGGGCCCCGACCAGUCGAUGCUUCUCGAAUGUCCCCUUCUCCGACGUCAGCAUCGUAUCCCUACAAGAGACAGAAGCCAAUGGAUGCAUCAAACAGCAAGCCAACUGGUAGCAGUGCCCAGAUAUCCAUAGGAGCCAUUGAUAACUCGCUGUCAUGGCCCUGGAAACACCCAGAUGCAUGGCGCAGUUUCCCCUUUGGCUGGCUUUUUCUCCCCGUCGAUCUCAUCGGGCGCCCAUUCUCGCAGAAGACAAGAGAUCAUUUCCUGCCACUCCUAACUUCCACUGCUUGGUGGAGCCAGACGCAAUUAGCUCUCAAGAAAGUCUUCCAGAUGGACGAGGACUUUCAGGAGCGCAUGUUUGCCAAGCAAAUUGCCGUCAUGAAAGGCCAGGCGUGGAACGUCGUUGAGGCGCUCAAGACUUCGGACCACGGUCCGCUAGAACUCACUCGUCGGGCGAGGGUCUGCGUUUGGGACGACCUCGUCGACGUGCCCGUGGCGGUGCCCAUGCGGGUGACAUCGUCGGAGCUGCGGCGGACCACGGACAUGCGCCAGUCCAUGGACGAGGCCGACAUUGCCACUUCCGUUCCCAGCAGCCACGUUCCCGUCGACGACCUCUUGGGCCUCGCCAGCGCCCCUGUCGACAUGCCGCGCUCCGGUCGCUUCGAAAUGACCAGUCCUAUAGGCGAGGACGCACAGUCGCCUACCAAAAGCUCCGUCAAUCCAAUGGACCUGGGCCCCAGCAGCGGUCACGCCGCAGGCGCGUCGAUCACGGACCAGCUCGCACCGCAGCCUAGGAGCACGCAGAGCUACCAGGGUCCGUCGAGGGCCCUCAACGUCUACGAGCCGGCGCGCAGCGGCGGUCCUCGCCAGCAGCGGCGGUACUCGUUUGCCACGGCCGCCGCGCGCCGCAGUAGCAACUCCAUCGCGCAGCACCUCCAUCGCGGCGACUCGCACGAGGGGUACGACGGCGACGAUCUCGAGGGCGAUCUCGGCUACGCCGCCGCGGAGGGCCAGAUGGGCAACCAGCGCAAGGUCAUCGUGGAGCGGCUCGAGGCCGUCAAGAGCCGGAACCCCGUCUUCACUUGGUGCUGA